GCUAUCUGCAACGACAGCGGCAACAACAGCACCAUCARCGGCCUUCAUCGUUUCGGAAUCCAAAGAAAGGGGGACAGCAGCAGCAUUAUGGAGGCGGUGGUAACUAUGGUGGAGGACGAGGCAAGAACCGAGUACCGCAACAGAAGCAACGCCACCCCAAUCAAAAUCGAGGAAGACAAGGGCCAGACAACUGGAAAGAGCUAGCAAAGGCAUCCUCUCGGUUUGCAUCUGGUACGUCGCUUCGUUUUGCGUGUUGAUUCGAUGACUUUUGGAAGUUUUACGACGAAAUUGCGAUUGCUAGUAUUGCAUCCCUAUUCAACUCACACUUUUGAAUCCAACGCAAUAUAUUAUGAAAUCGGAUAGAUUCGGACAACAACAGCAGUCAAAACAUCGAUGGCAGCGCUUGGAUGGCGCAGAGAAAAGCAAAAMUGGAGCAAGAGGCAAAAGCAGAAAAGCAGAAGGAGGCAGAGCGAAAACAGCGGGAACAGGACGAAAAGCAAUCACGACGCAAAUCGCAGCUGAAUGCCCUCAAGGCGGMCAUGACCGAAAUAAAGCAGACRCAAGUGGACGAACCACCCUCCUCCCUGCGGGCCGCGGUUAUGUCCAAUUCGAAUUCGCAGGUGCAAAUCCUGAAAAAGGAGCACGCUCCUGCUACCACCGCAAAGCAAAAGAGCCAACCUAGUUUCGCCCGCGUUGAAAAGGAGGACGCAUCCAUAGAUGGAUCGUGGAGGAGAGCCCAGCCAGCACCGCCCAAGGCCUCCUCGCAUUCGGCCCCGCUACCCCCGAAGUAUAGCUACACCAUAGGGCCUCCUCCGGCAGCUCCCUCGCAACAAAACAACAAAAUACCUCACAAGGCAGAACUCCAGCCGGAUCGCUCGUCCGUAAAAUUCACCAGGAACCGAAGCAAACCUUCCGAUGACACAAAAGCAAAAGAAAAGGCAAAAGAGAACGGCAGCGGUGAUAAAAGUGAUAAUAAUAAAACGGCCGAAGAUACCGUUCAGGGGGACAGGGGAAGAAAUCAACAACGUGUCAUUGUUGCUUUUGAUGAUGCAUCGGGGCAUCCUUCUUCCAAGACAAAAAACAACAACAGGAAGAAUCGACAGAACAAGAUCAGCAAAAACGACAAUGGCGACGACGGCGAAAAUGCUCCAACAGCCCAAAAGUCAAAGGCGCAGCGUGACGAUUGCAACGAUGAGGAUGUUGCCUCUACAAARACGUCGUCGUCGCGUGGAUCAUCAACCUUGCAUUCUCGAAGCAGUCGCGGUGGAGGAAGAACGGCCGGAGGCGGUAGAAACAACAAGAAGAAUGCCCAUCGCCGCGACAGCAGAAAUAGCAAGGGUGGUGGAAGAGGACGAGGGCGUGAGGGUCGGGKAUUGCAACAGAAACCCUCGUCGUACAACAAGACGAAUGCAAGCAGCGGUAACGAUGGGGAAAGUUACGGCAAUCGUGCCAAGAACGACGUACGAGGAGAAGCGACACAAGACGCGAAUAGGGGAGGCAGAGGCCCCGGGGGUAGGGAAGGAACUCGUCGCGAUUCUGGGAGAGGGAGAGGGCGGGGAUCGUCAAGUAGRGAUAGCGGAGGAGGCAAUGCAUCCAGUGGACGUGGUCAAAGCRCAGGCGGCAGAGGAAAUGGUGACCGUGGAGGAAGAGGGCGAAAAGGAGGAAGAGGGGGCAGACCAGGUCAGAGACCUGAUGGGAAACCAAAGUACAGUUACGAAAUUGGUAAAAACUAGUAGGUAAUGGUGAUUAUUUAAAGAGC